CUCUUUCUCCCCCCGCCCCCCUACCUUGUGUCUCUGGCAUAAACACCACCAUAUUAUUGCACCACCAUUUAAUAUGUAGAAUUGAUCAUGAAUAUGACCACAGUCAGUAGAUUUGAUGUCUGUUUAUGGAUAAAGCUUAAAAUUGUUCCCUGACAAUACAUUAAUCAGGAGCCCUGGUGGUGCAGUGUUUAAGCGCUUGGCUGUACACCACAAGAUCGCCAGUUCAAACCCACAAAUGGCUCUGUGGGAGAAAAGACCCAGCAAUCUGCUCCUGUAAAGAUUCCAGCAUAGGAAACCCUAUGGGGCAGUUCUCCUCCAUCCGGCAGGGUCACUGUAAGUCGGAAUUGACUUGAUGGCACACAAAAACAACACAUUUAUCAACAUUCUUGGUACUUUAGUAAAGAUUCCUUUUAAAUCAGUCCAAUUCCUCUCAAUAUAAAAUCACAAAAAUGUUUUAAGAUUCCCAUUUCUCUUGAGAACAAGAAUGAGAGCCGUCCUUGUCAGUUCUCUAAUUCAGCCUUCAUGCCACAGAAGUCCUUGGAAACCUGUUUUGGGAGAGCUGUAAAUCAUAUUCUUGUCUUCCAGGACUUAUCUGUGGUCAAGCAGACAGUUCAGGAUACAGAGUCCAAGGAUGAAUGUUCACCGUGCCAGUGAUGGUGACAGGUUAUUGCGGCAGGACGCCAGCUGCCUAGUGGAUGAUACUUCAACUGCAACUCAAGAAAGAGAAGCAAGUAGCCUGGCUUCAUCUGGUCUUCAGAAUCUGACUUACCCCUCAGGUCCCAGGAGUGAUGGAUGUUUGGACCAGGAAGAGAGUACAACUUUACACGGCCCAAUGAGAAGGGAGAGUAUGAGAUUGCUGAAGGAAUCAGUGCAACUGUAUUUCGCACGGUGCUGGAUUACUACAAAACUGGUAUCAUCAAUUGUCCUGAUGGCAUCUCUAUUCCAGACCUUAGAGAUACAUGUGAUUAUCUCUGUAUUAACUUUGACUUCAACACCAUCCGAUGUCAAGACCUGAGUGCUUUACUGCAUGAACUGUCUAAUGAUGGUGCUCACAAGCAGUUUGAUCACUACCUCGAAGAGCUGAUCCUACCCAUCAUGGUGGGCUGUGCCAAGAAGGGGGAGCGAGAGUGCCACAUUGUUGUGCUGACAGAUGAGGAUUCUGUGGACUGGGAUGAAGACCACCCCCCACCUAUGGGGGAGGAAUAUUCUCAAAUUCUUUAUAGCUCCAAGCUCUACAGAUUCUUCAAAUACAUUGAGAAUCGGGAUGUUGCAAAAACAGUGUUGAAGGAACGGGGCCUAAAAAACAUUCGCAUUGGAAUUGAAGGUUAUCCUACCUGUAAAGAAAAGAUUAAGAGAAGACCUGGUGGCCGGUCUGAAGUAAUCUAUAAUUAUGUGCAGCGCCCCUUUAUCCAGAUGUCAUGGGAAAAGGAAGAAGGAAAGAGUCGCCAUGUGGAUUUCCAGUGUGUUCGAAGCAAAUCCCUCACUAAUUUGGUAGCUGCUGGAGAGGACGUCUUGGAGGACCAGGAGAUACUAAUGCACCACCCUCCCCAAGUGGAUGAACUUGAUCGGCUGAAUGCCCCACUUUCUCAGAUGGCUUCUAAUGACUUUCAGGAUUAGGGCCGGCUGUGGGUCCACUCUUUCCUGGAGUUUUUCUCCGUCCGGGAUGCCCACACCCAGUCCUCCCCAUGGUUUGUCUCACUCUGAGUAGGGGACAUGUUUCUCCCCCAUCCUUUCCCUUUCUCCCAUAAUUAAUGUGUGUUCUUUUCUGUAAGUUCAUUCCUCCAGCAGGAGGUGAAAAAACACUGGUAAUGAAGCUACCAGCUUUGCAGCAGCCCUGGGAACUUGAAAAAUUUGGGUCUGGUGCUGUUCACUGAGUCUUUGCAUAACUGCAAAAGCAGGAAAGGAAGGCUCCUGUUGCCUCGUAGUCAGCAAAGCAAUCCUCAUCCUUUACACUCAGUUCUUGAUUUUUGUUUUUUGGUUUCAUACCAAGCAGAUCACUCAUUAGCAAAGGGACCAAACUUAAAAGGAGACAAUCUCUGUCUCCUGAAAGCAGGCAUUGAUGGGGUGGUCAUUAGAGGUUGAUGAAGCCGCCAUUCCUGGUGGUCCCUGCACCCAGAUUGUAUCUGGGAAGCAAGGCACUCGUUCAGAAUGUCCAAAAGGAAAUUCUUAAGAGUUUAAAUUCAGUUUUGUUUUUCAUUAAUGCAAUGAACAAUCCAAACCACAUAAGCAGAUUCUUUGGCAGGAAGGGUGAUGGCAUAACAGUGCUUAUAAAACUUUUUGAGCUUCAAGGUUUUUGAGCCUAAACAGAUAAUUCAUUUGGAAUGAAACUCGCAACUCAAGUAGAAGAACCUUUCCAAAUCAAGCUACUUUGAUUAUCCUGGCUUGGAAUCUAGCAUGAAGCCAUCGGUCUUGGGCCCUGUGCGGCACAAUGCUGUGGGUGUGACUGGGAGACCUUAGAUUUGGUUUAAAGGCGUUUAGUUUGUGGGCAGAAAUGUCUCACAGGUACUCAAUGGAAAGACAAGAGCUCAACGGAGGGGGCACCCCAGUGAAGCUGGGUGUGGAAAUGUCACCUGCACAGGCUCUGUCCCAGUGUGGAGAUUUUUCUUUGGAUAUUCUCUUCAUACUGUCAAAUUUUUUUGGACACUAAUACGUUUCAGUUUUUCAAAUAGCCUGUCAGCUGUUUACACACUAAGAAAACAGUACCAAUGUCAUCCUUCAGAGGAAAGGUGAAUUGAAGGGAAAUUAGGCCUAAGUAAUUCUGAUCUGUCUGCUCUGUUAACAGCGCACGGUAUAAGACCCUGGACUGCUCUCGCCAAUCCCCACAGUAUUGAGCCACCUUCCUAUAGAGCUGGGCAGCACCCUGUAUGGGUAUGGUGGCAGGUGAAUGCCUUCAUAGUCUAGAAACUGAACAGUCCAAAGCCAGCUGUGUCUUGAGGUUAUUUCCCAUUUUGUGGUAUAAGUUGGCCUCCCAGUCACCCAUCCAGGGCAUUUACUCACCAGAGAUUAUGAAGAGGCAUAGUUUUCUUCAGGGUCUUUAAUAUGUAAGAGCAUGACUUUGGUUUUCUUAUAUUCCAUUUCUGUAAGACACUAUGGGGCAAACUACUUGAUUCCACUUUAUGACUUCCCUAGUUAUGGUUCUCCAAACAUAAAGUCAGGAUACUCUUUCCAGGCUUGAACAGACAUUUCUUAAGAAAUGGGUUCUCUGUGCAUAUGGCCAGCAUUACAGUGGAAAUCAAGGCUCUGUUCCUUACUCAGAAAGGGAAAUGGGGAUUAAAGUGAGCCAUCCCACGCCUACAGAGGUCUUCUGAUAACCAUUGACUUCCAUUUGCAAGGCUGAUGGCUGGGUUAAGGGGGUAACUUGUAGCCAGGGGGUAGUUUUUGUACGUGAAACUGCUUGGCUCAUAUUUGAGUUUAGGUUUGGCGUUGACCUUACCAGCACCACAUUCAUACCAACUAGCAGCUGACCAGCCCAAUAAGUGUUUAAUGGUGCUUCCUUUACCCUUCUCGGUGGACUUCCAUGCCAUUGCAAAGGAAUUAUCUAAUGUUUAUGUAUUUUAUGACUUUCAUCAUGUUUUUUGAUGUAACUUCUCCUCCAUAUAAAGCUUAUGUGUUAACAUUAAGUGUAAACACUCCACCGCUAACACUCUCAUUAACCCUUUUAUCGGUAAAAAGCCAGCUAUGAAAGUAUGGCGUGUACCUGACACCUUGUUCUAUGUAAAUGAUUUUCUCAGGCUUUCGAGAACUAGGUCUUUUUUCCCUAGUUUGGGUUAACAUGCUCUUGGCCCCAACCCGGGGUAGGGCUGAGUGAGCUGGAAAUCUGUGGAACUAAAUCUCUGCCAGUGUCACCUGGGUGCGAGUGACUUAGGGGGAACCCUGCCCCCCAGCCAGGAGCCCAGCAUCACUGAAGUUGGAUGGCUCCACUCAGCCAGGGCAUUUGGCAAUGGCAGGACUUCUCAGUCCUCGUGGACAAGGGCUGGCUGGGCUGUGGUCAUCCCCUUCAGUUACUGGCCAGGUGAGCAAGAGCAGCUUUCAUAAUUUAAAAAAAAAAAAAGGUGGAAGUCAGGUUUGGUGUUUUUCCUAAGUGCCUAAAUAAGUAAGGCAGGCUGUUUAUACAGAAACAUUUUCUUAAGAAAAUGGUUUUACCCAGAAUAUCUUACUCGGGCAUCUCAGCAAGCCAAGAUGAACCUGAAUUUGAGGUUUAGAAUCUGAGUUUGUGUUUAUCAUAUCAUGUAUACUUGAUUAGGAAACAUUUGCCUUUGAGGAGCUGGGGAGAGGGCAGGGAGACAGUGUUGAAUGUGUCAGGUUAUUUUAUGGUGUCUCCAAAGGGGAGAAAAGGUACUGAAAGAAUGGCAGCAAAAAGAGUAAGGAAGAUAGAAAGCUGGAUUUACUGUACAAUAUGCAACAGCCAAUAUUAUUUUAAACUAAAUUCCAAGAGAACAGUGUGAUAAUUAGUGUAUACAGGUCUGUGAAGUUACUGUGGAGUAACCCUGGGAAAGGUGGGUGUACUUGCAAAUAGUGUUCCAGAGUUGUUCUUUAAAUAAAAAAUAUUUUAUCCAGCACACAGGCUUAGGAAGUUCUGUUUUGCAAUCAAGUGUCAGUAGAAAAAAUCAAGAGGUGUUAUUUGUUCAAUGCCACUUCUUGCUGUCAUUUUGAAAUUAACAUGAGCGUAGUGGACCCAGAAAGCAAACCUGAUGCCUUCCUGAAAGAUAGAGCCACAUCUGUGCCCUUGUGGGAUCGCCUCUUCAGGAGAACAUUACAUUUUCUCUUAAAGGCAAAAUACCUGUAGGUUUUGCCUUUUACUUUGUAUUUACUUUUAAAAUUGCACUUGUUCACCUACCAGUGUUUACAAAAUCCUAUUAUUUGGGAUGCUUUUUCUAUAAUUAAAGUAUUAUCAUUUGUGUGUCUGUACUGUUUUUUAGCAGAAAAUCAGAAGAUGUUAAAAGGGACUUAAAGAGGUGGUAUCCAGACUGCCCGGGACAGAGGCUCUGCCUUCUAGGGGGACACAGGGCUCGCCUUGAGCCUGCAUGUGCUUUUCCUACCCUAGUACUUUGACAGGUACCAGAGCCCUUUAUGGUCAGCCUUCUCUCUAGUUCUUGGUUAACUAGCAUUCAAGACUCCUUGAAUGCCCGUGGUUCCUCAAAUCCAACUAAACAGAACUCCACACAGCCAAAUGUAAAUUCAGAAGGGAAGGGGAGCCGUGAACACCUAGUUGUGGUUUGAAGCAAGUGAGGAAUAGCAGGAAAGAAAGGCAAGUAAAAGGAUAAGGUGGAGUCCUGGCAUGCACCUAGGAAACACUGGGAGAGCCUCUUGCUCAUUCCUCGGUCUCCACUAUUUUGCUCCCCUCCAGUCUGCUGGGCUCCCUCAGUGCGCUUAGCCUGGGAGCUUACUGGUGACACUGACAACCUCAAGGGGUGUUAAAGCAAGCCUGCACCUCCCAAGCAGGCCUUUAUCAAACAGACAGCACAAGGGUUAAGAACAACAUAUCCUGAAGACAUAUGGCCUGUAUUGAGUAUUUUGUGUGAAGCAUUGCUUGGCCACAGGGAUAUGCUGACAGUUCUUCCCUCAAGGGGCUUUUACAAUCACAUGGAGCACACAGACCUAUAACAGUCUGGGUCACUCAGGAAGCCCAAAAGGAUGAAUAACCAGUUUGCUGUGAGGAGUAGAAGAGAGUUCGUUCACAAAAGGCUCCCAGAAGUUGUGCACGAGCCAAAUUGUGAAGGACAAGUACUAGGUGGUUUGGAUCCAUGGCUAUGAGGGGAGGAGAUAUUCCAGGCAGACUAUAUGAGCAGUGAGGCAAAAGUGAAAUGAUCGCUUAUGGUCACCAGGGAAGAGGAUGGGGUGAUGCAGAGAUGAGGCCAGGCCAGAGUAACGAAGGACUCUUGUAGCUCAGACACAGGUGUUUGGACUUGUACUGUGUAAACUGCUGGGAGCCCUAAAGGGGAACGACAUGAUCAGACUUGAAAUUUCAAAGAAUUUCUUGGCAGCAGUAAGGAGGACAAGCUUAAAAGGGGAAAAAGACUAGGAGGUCAGCUAACAGACCACUGCAACGGACUCAGCAAGGAAUGAUGAAGGCACUGGUAGAAAGGAUGGCCGUGCCCUGGAGUUUGAUGGUAUGUGUUUACUGAUGGCUCCCGUUUAAGAAGACUAAGGUUUCUGGCUCGGACGGCUGGGCAGAAUGAGUUAGAAAAAGGCUUUGGGGUCAAGAGGAGUUCCAUUUGGACUUUAGGCCUAUAGGAGGCCUUGUCCAGAUGGCAAUUUCUAGUAGGCACUUGGCUGUAUG